GCACCCCACGCUCAGACAAUCAACUCACUUCAGUUGAUGUGUUGCUCGUGUAAUGAUCUGACUACGUCCACGAUGGGAUACAAAUCUCAUCAGAAGAUCUCAUGGUGUUGGAUAAUUCUAUCGCUGAUAUGCCAAAUUCAUGCAACAUGGGCCGCUGAGGAGAGCACCACGACACGUCCUGCCGACGCCGCACUCGACUUGGAGAAUGCCGAGACGAAGGAUCCGACCAAAAAGUUGGAAAUCAUUAAGCAAAUCCGGAAGGUAAAUAACGAUGGCUCAUACACUGUGGGCUACGAGGCGGAAGAUGGCACGUUCAAAAUUGAGAGUCGAGAUGUGCUGGGAAACGUGAAGGGAACGUACGGAUAUGUGGACUCGAAUGGGGAGAUCAAAAGAGUGUCAUACACGGGAAAUAAUGGGACGACAGGCUUGAGGAACUAUCCUGGCAAUUUGUCCCAGGAAGACGCCUCAGCGCCCAAUCACAGGAAUAAGACGUACGCUGCCGUCUCCACGACCAGACGACCAGCCUCUCUGGCCUUCCUCUCCUCCACCACACAAUCACCCACGGGAUUUGUCAAGUCCAGUGUCAUACAGACAAUCCCCAGGCGUCGCAUCACCAUCCCAUCGUCCACGGAGCGCUCGCAGUACAGCCACUACGCCACGUCGAAGGGCACGGAAGGCACCACGGCGAGUCCCACCAGCGAACACACCACCACGGUUAUCUACGCAGAAUCUGUGCCACCGUCGAAAUCUGUUGUCAUCAUCCGACCCACGCCACAUCCCACCUCAUCCCAGCGCCCGCCUGAGCAAAUCACGCGCCCAGACAAGCUGGAGAUCAACCAAGUGUCGAAGGUGAUGAUCACAAAGAGCAGAGAGACGUCCACGUCCAAGCCUGUCACGGAGGAGGACGUGGAGAAGGAGCACGACCGCAAAUCUGUGCGUGGCAAUCACCUGAGACGCCAACUGGCCGAGAAGGAAGACCACUACGAGGCGCAGCCACAGAUUCUCUACACCCAAGCCGCAGGGGAGGAUUCGUCUCACGUGUAUGGCGGCGGAGCGGGAAAUGUGAGACCUCUGUUCACCACCACCAGCAGUCCGAGGAUACCGUCGCUCGUCCUGGCGGCACGACAGCGUGCGGCCAAGCUGCAGAACGUCAUCAACACGGGCUCGUCGCCGGCCACCACCACUGAAAAGGUGUACGCCAGACCGCCAAGUCGAGGCGAGGGCAUCACCACUGUCAACAGCUAUGAGCAGACCACGGAACCAGCGGCGGAUCUGAACUACCUGACGCAGAGUCCUGUGCCAGUGGUGCAAAUUCCGGCCAGUCAGGCGACUGAGGACGAGCGGCGGGUGUUCAGACAGCGCCAAGCGCCCAGCAAUUACCGUCCUCCGCCGCCGCGAGAGCUGUACAGAAUCCCCCAGACGGGCAGACCGCCCACGCCCGAGCAGUUCAUCAGAGAGACCACCCAGAUUCCCGGGCGGGAUGACGACGAUGCGGACAACUAUCGCCAGCUCCGUCGCCCGCCCUCAGUGGCGGGAUCGCAGUUCACGGACGGCAGCAAUGACGUGGGGUACGAGCAGCAAACCUCGCCCUUCCCAUUCGCCCACUCUCCCUUCGGUCGACACAUUCCCGGCGGGCAGUACUACGACUACCCCGAGCGACCGGUGACGGCGAGAGACUUCGAGCGACUCCUGCACCUGCUGGUGCUGCGCUAUCAGCAAUUCCAGAAUCCCUACGCCAGAUUCGGAGGCGGCGGAGGAUUCUACCCUCCCUACAUGCAGUACGGCGGCUACCAAGGAUUGACACCGUAUCUUCCCAGUCAGUAUCAGGGCUAUCAGCAAAUCCCGCGCUCGCCUCUCUACGACCCAGUGGGAUUCGAUCCGCGCUACUCCUUCUACCAGCGACCUCCCUUCCAAGGCGCCUUUCGGCAGUACAGUGAGCAGGACAACGUGUAUCAGCAGCCGCAGGACAUGCCCUCGGGCUAUGACGCGCAAAGACUGACGCCGCGCAAGAAGCAGUUCAAUCCCAGGUAUUUCGGCGCAUCCAGUCAGCAAUCCGGCUACUUACAGCCGGACGCCAAUCUGCAGCAACUGGGCCAGGCCUCAGGUUCGGCGAGCGGCGAUUACCUGCCCGCGGACGUGCGAGAGGAGCUCCUGUACCGAAUGCUGAUGCUGGCAAUCCAAUCGCCCGAGCAACAGGGCGCCAACGUGCCAGCCGCCUCAGCGCCCGCCGAGGUGAAAGCGCCCCAACCCUUCCGGAAGCCCGUGCGGAGUGUGCAAAUCCUGGGUGAGGAGUAGAUGUGAGGAGUGCGCAAUUCCCUUUUUAUACAAAUUUGACUAAUCAAGAAAGUAUUCGUGUGCGAUCUCUAUUUUUGGAGACAUGUAUUAAUUUCAUUCUCACCUUUUUCCCCCUAUUUUCAUCAACCAAUUUUUCCUAGGAGGAUUUGAAUGGCCAGUCUUCUAAGUUUGUAACAUGAUAGUGCAAUGAUGCAGGAAUGUAUACUAUAUAAUUAUCAUUACUUAUUGAAAAAUGUCACGCAAGAAUUUAUGUUUUUUUUUGAGUUUUUGAUGGAAGAAAAUGCUGUAUGACUGCCUGGAAAAUAAA